AUGAAUGUCAACAAUAGAUAAUAAUCAAGAGUGUUAUUGGCAUCAGUCAAGGCUCCAAAAUAUUCAUUAAAGGAGACUUAACCAUUUGGAUAUGAAGCUAAAGAAUUUGUUAGAAAACAUGCUAUUGGUAAAACAGUUAAAGUGGAAGUUGAAUACGAGAAGAAAAUUAAACCAAAGGAUAUUGAAGGAUUAGCUGAUGAAGAUGAUAAGAAAAAGUUAUAAUAAGAAUUGAAUAUGAUCUUCGUUAACAUUAUAUUAACAGAAGAUGGAGACUAAAAUUUAGCAGCUUUAGUUGUAGGAGCAGGAUAUGCAACUGUUCAACCUCCAAGAGGAGAUGAUGGAGUUUCUAGAUAUAUUGAUGAAUUAACAGGUGCUUAAGAAUCUGCAAGUAAGGCUAAAAAGGGACUUCAUGGUAAACCAGUUUAAUUGCCUAAAACUACUGAUUUAUCUGUUAAUCCUAAUUUAUAAAGAUCUAGAGAUGCCUUCGAUUCUUUAAGAACAUUAAGAAAACUAUCUGGAGUUGUUGAAUUAGUGUUGAAUGGAUCAAGAUUAAAAUUGAAAUUCCAUGAAUAAAACUUCACAUCUAUUGUUGUACUUGCUGGAGUCAAAUGUUUACCAAACGAGUAAAAUCUACCAGAAUUUUAAAAAUUCUCAAAUAUUGCUUUGUAAUAUGUCAAAGAAAAUGCUCUUCAAAGAGAUGUUGAUAUCGAAUUGACAUCCAUCGAUAAAAAGGGUAUCUUCCACGGACAUGUUUUCAUUGGCAAAUAAAGAACCAACUUAGGAUUAACACUUCUUGAAUUAGGAUUAGCAGUUACAUUUAACCCAGUUGCUAAUAGUCAUGCAUAUCAAGCAUUAUUUGCUGAUGCUGAAUCAAAGGCUAAAUUAAAGAGAGAAGGUUUAUGGGAUAUCAAAGGAUUAGAUUUAACUAUUGUAAAGGGUGAUGAUGAUGUACCUGUUAGAUCUGAAAUCAAACUGUUGAAUGGAGAAUUGAAAAAACUUAUAUUGGUUGAAAUCGCAGAUAGCAAUACUCUUUACUUCUAAGACCCAACAGAUAAAUUGUUAGGAUAAAUUGAAAAGAGUCUUGGAUCAUUUACAGCUACUGAAGCUAAUAAAUUGAUUCCACCUUUCAAAAAGGGAUUACUUUGUGUUGCUAAAUUCUCUGUUGAUGGCAACUGGUAUAGAGCUAAAAUUACAAGAGAAUUAAAGAAUAGAUUUGAAGUCUUAUUUGUUGAUUAUGGAAAUGUUGAUAUUGUCUCACAAAAUGAUAUCAGAAAACUUCCUGAAAAUUUGGCUGCAUUACCUCCUUAAGCUAUUAGAUGUAGUUUAGCCUAUAUUAAUGGACCUACUAUAAGUCAUGAGUUAGGCAAUAAAGUUGGACAAUUCAUCAGAGACUAAAUCUUCGAAAAGGAAGUCGUUGUUUCUUUUGAGUAUUAGGAUGAUGUUAGCAAAGGAGUCAUUGCCUAUUUGACCAAAGAGAAUCAACCCAAUAAAUCACUUAACAUUCUUUUGUUAUCUUAAGGUUUUGCAAAGCUUGAUAAAACAGCUCCUCCUUUACCAUAAAAAUUAGAGGAAUGGCUUAAGGCAAGUCAAGAUGCUGAAAAUAAUAGCAAGGGAUUGUGGAAUUACGAUGAGGAAACUGAGUGA